AUGGUCGAUGAGGAGUCUGGAAGGUUUAUUUACUCCUUUAUGGUGUUUGGGGCUUCCAUCCAUGGAUAUGCACUCAUGAGAAAGAUUGUUGCCGUUGAUGGAAUGCAUUUUUUCGCGUAUUGUGUGGUGGAUAAGGAGAACGAUGCGUCGUGGGGCUUCUUCUUUGAGAAGCUUAAGGCCUUUAUCGUCGACGAACCAGAGCUGUGUGUUAUCGUCGAUAGAUACGUAAGCAUAGCCAAGGGCCCCGCAAGGUAUUAUCCACUUGUGCAUCACGGUAUUUGUAUGAGGUAUCUCGAUGAAAAUCUCCGAACAAAUCACCAUUGUUCCAAUUCUCUUUAUUUGUACUACCAUGCAGCCAAGGCGUACAUGUUGGAAGAAUUUAAGGACUACUUCAACGCCCUUAAAGAAAGAUGCCCUAAAGCAGCAGCUUGCCUCGAGCAUGAAGUUGGAUUUGAAAAGUGGAUUCGGGUUCACUUUCUAGGUAAUCGAUUCAACAUCAUGACCUCAAAUAUUUUCGAGUCGCUCAACUCAAUGUUGCACGACGAAAGAGAGUAUUCAGUGUCGACCAUUUUUAAUUCAAUUGCACAUAGGUUUGGAGAAAUAUUUAGGAAGAGGUAUGCGGAGGUGGACAAUUUAAAGACAACAUUCAUUCCCGUAACUGAGGUGAUCUUGAGGGAAAACAUGACCGAAGGGGAUAAAUUAUAUGUGAACAACAUAAAUGGAAGCACAAACAAAUUCACCGUGCUUAGUUACGAUCGUUCCGCCAAAGUUAAUCUUUCAAGAUGGUCAUGUUCUUGUAGAAAGUAUAACUUGGUGAAAUUGCCAUGCGUUCAUGCAAUGGCAGCGUUGCGUUUGAAGCACGGGGACGAAUACGACACUAACAUUUACAACUACUCUUCGCAAAUAUAUUCGAAAUAG